CUAUGACUUCAAACAUUGUUGAAUCUCUAAAUGCAGCAAACUUGGCAGCUAGAGAGCUACCAAUCACAACACUGAUGGAGUCAUUGAGAGCAUUGAUUCAACAAUGGACAUACACAAACAGGAAAAAAGCACAGAAAACAACAACAUUUUUAACACCUACAGCAGAAAAGAAAUUAGUCGACAACUUUGUGGAAUCAUUGACAGAAAAUGUAAAACCAAUAAACGAGACCAUGUUCGAAGUCAUUGAACUAACCAGAUCAUGGGUCAUCAACCUCAAGGAGAAACAUGCAGUUGCAACAGAUUCCAACUUGAUGAGUUACCGUGUGCUCAUGCGCUUGCUGUUAUAAAAGAGAUGAACUUGAAUGUUUACAACUACUGUUCGGGUUAUUACACCACGCGAACAUGGCUUGAAACAUACAGCGGCUCAACAUAUCCGGUACACAAUCACACAACUUGGGAUGUGCCACAAAACAUAAAAGAUAUCAUUGUUCUGCCACCAAACCAAAAAAUAAGAUCUGGAAGACCAAGGAAACGAAGGUUUUUAUCUGAAUGGGAUACAAAAAAACAUAACAGGUGCGGCAAAUGUGGACAACACGGACACAAUCGAAAGACAUGCAACAAUCAAGCAAUAAAAUAGAUACAUAUGAAAUAUUUGAAUUGUUUAAUUUUGUGUGCAAAUUCAAACAGGUUGAUCUGUGAUGCUCUAAAUACAUGGGAUUUCAUUUUUAUGAAAUUUGAAACAGUUUUUUAAUAGUUUCAAAAUCGUUUUGUUACA